AUGGUGAUGAAUGGUGCUGUGUCCAGUUGGUGGCCGGUCACUAGUGGUGUCCCCCAGGGAUCAGUGUUGGGCCCAGUCCUAUUUAACAUCUUUAUCGAUGAUUUAGAUGAGGGGAUUGAGUCCAUCAUCAGCAAAUUUGCAGACGACGCCAAGUUGGGAGGGAGUGUCGACCUGUUGGAAGGCAGGAGGGCUCUGCAGAGGGACAUGGAUAGGCUGGAGAGUUGGGCUGGUUCCAACGGGAUGAGGUUCAACAAGGCCAGCAGUGUGCCCAGGAAGGCCACUGGCAUCCUGGCCUGUAUCAGGAAGUGUGGCCAGCAGGUCCAAGGAAGUGAUUCUCCCCCUGUACUCAGCGCUGGUGAGGCCACACCUGGAGUACUGUGUCCAGUUCUGGGCCCUCAGUUCAGGAAGGAUAUUGAGGUGCUGGAGCACGUGCAGAGAAGGGCAACUAGGCUGGUGAAGGAACUUGAACACAAGUCCUAUGAGGAGAGGCUGAGGGAGCUGAGGUUGUUUAGCCUUGAGAAGAGAAGGCUCAGGGGAGACCUCAUCGCUCCCUACAACUACCUGAAAGGAGGUUGUAGCCAGGUGGGGGUUGGUCUCUUCUCCCAGGCAAUCAGCAGCAGGACAAGAGGUCAUGGCCUUAAGCUGCACCAGGGGAGGUUUAGGUUAGAUAUUAGAAAGAAAUUCUUUACAGAGAGGGUGAUCAGCCAUUGGAAUGGGCUGCCCAGGGAAGUGGUGGAUUCUCCGUCCCUGGAGGUUUUUAAGAUGAGGCUGGACGUGGCACUUAGUGCCAUGGUCUAGCAACUGUGGUGGUAGUGGAUCAAGGGUUGGACUUGAUGAUCUCAGAGGUCCUUUCCAACCCGUCUGAUUCUAUGAUUCUAUGAUUCUAUGAUUCUAUGAUUAUUUUAUUCCUCUUUUUAAAGUGAGGUGAGGCAGAGAAAAAGAAAACAACGAAGUCUGAAGUCAUGCAGAUCUGUAAAACUUGUCAAAAUAACAUUGUCAAUUACUUCUUAGAAGAACAGAGCAGAAGAACGGUGGUGGUUAUUGGAAU